AUGUCCGGUGCUACUGAUCGCGAGGCGGUGUUUCCGACCCGCCAAUCGCUCGGCAUCAUGAAAGCCAAGCUGAAAGGCGCUGAGACGGGACAUAGUCUGCUCAAGCGGAAAAGCGAAGCCUUGACCAAGCGAUUCAGAGAAAUCACAAAACGUAUAGACGAGGCAAAACGGAAGAUGGGACGCGUGAUGCAAAUUGCAGCUUUUUCCCUUGCGGAGGUUACCUAUGCAGUUGGUGGGGAUAUUGGGUAUCAAGUUCAGGAGUCGGCCAAAUCUGCACGGUUUCGCAUCCGCACCAAGCAAGACAAUGUUUCUGGUGUACUUCUUCCAGCAUUCGAGAGCUAUCUCACCGAAGGCAAUAAUGAUUUCGGCCUGACUGGCCUGGGCAAGGGCGGUCAGCAGGUACAGCGCUGUCGGGAAACAUACGCCCGUGCGGUCGAAGCGCUCGUCGAGCUGGCCAGUCUACAAACAGCCUUUGUCAUCCUGGACGAAGUCAUCAAGGUUGUGAAUAGACGAGUGAAUGCAAUUGAGCACGUCAUCAUCCCUCGUACCGAGAACACCAUUAAAUACAUCAACUCCGAACUCGACGAACUUGAUCGUGAAGAAUUCUAUCGAUUAAAGAAGGUAGCAAACAAGAAGCAGCGUGACACUGCAGCAGCUGACGCCGAAAUGAAAGCGAGACGGGAGGGCAAUGAUGAUCGCGAAAUAAUAGAUAGUAGCAACGCAGAAAUCAAUGAACCCGCUGAUAUGCUUGCUGGUGAAGAGGACGACGACGUUAUAUUUUAG